AGAAGUGAGAGUGCAGCAGCAGCAGCAGCAGCGGCAGCAGCUGGUCGCUCGGUGGAUGUGGAGCUACCGGAACUCAGUUUACAUAUUACCGCCAGAUCGGCCGUUCUUUAACGGAUUGUGCCUCUCUCACUCGCCUGGUUGUUUCCCCCCACCCGGUAAGGGAUUUGAACGCGCCUGUUUUGCCCGUUUUCUUCCACUUGGCGGUGACGCCAGCUGGCAACAACUUGGCAGGCAAAGCUGAAAGAUGGGACUAUGAAGGCUGACUUGGAAGCUUCUCUGCCUGCUGGACAGGACGAGUAUGCGAUCCGGUGUCGAGACGUGUGCCGGUCUUACGGCAACCUGAAGGUCCUCAGCAACCUCAACUUGACUGUGCCACAGGGACACAUUUAUGGCCUGUUGGGGCCCAGUGGAUGUGGGAAGACAACACUGCUCAAAUGCAUGGUGGGAACUCUGAAAAUCUCGCGGGGUAACAUCACUGUGCUGGGGAAGCCACCUGCGUUUCCGGGUCAUGAAGUGCCGGGGAGGAUGGUGGGAUACAUGCCGCAGGAGCUCGCAUUGUACAAUGAGUUCACCAUCAGCGACACCCUGACCUUCUUUGGCCGAAUCCAUGGCCUGACAUCAAAGGAAAGGAAGGCUCGCAUGGAUUUCCUGGUUGACUUUUUGGAUCUACCUCAGAAGAACAGUCUGGUCCGUAAUCUCAGCGGAGGUCAGAGACGCAGGGUGUCUCUUGGGGCGGCUCUACUUCAGAAUCCAGAGCUGCUCAUCCUUGAUGAACCCACGGUUGGAGUCGACCCUGUGCUCAGGGCCAAGAUUUGGCAGCAUCUUGUGGAGAUUGUGAAAACUGGGAAAGUCUCUGUUAUCAUCACUACUCACUACAUCGAAGAGGCCAGGCAAGCCAAUGUGGUCGGUCUCAUGAGGAAUGGAUGUUUGCUUGCUGAAGGUCCUCCAGAAGCAGUCAUGAAGCAGCACAGUGCAACAACUCUGGAGCACGCCUUCCUGCAGUUGUGUCAGACCUCAGACCAGGUUGACUCUAAACGAGGGUCCAGUCCACAGACGGGGCCUUUAGAGAACAGCCAAUCAUUCGAGAGCGGACGGGACGAGAGUCGACCAAUUCUCAGGGAUGGAUCAGGAGCUGCGGAUGAAGUUCCAAAAUAUUCGGCGGACUGGAAGGUGCGAGCCCGACAUGUGGUGCCAAAGUGGAGGAACAUUUCUGCCCUGAUGAUCAAGACAAUGGUGCGGAUGAAGAGAAUGCCAGGCUCGCUGUGUUUCCAGUUCCUGUUGCCCGUCAUCCAGGUCUCUCUGAUCUGUUUGUGUGUCGGAGGAGACCCACAGGGGAUCCAGGUCGCUGUGGUGAACAACGAGACCUCUCCCUCAGCUUACAGCCAAUCACUGCUCUCCUUCCUUGACAACUCCAGCGUGCACCAGGUGCCCUUGUCCCAUACAGACGCUUUUGAAGGCAUCUAUAACGGAGAGUACUGGGGUGUCAUCGGCUUUGGCAAGAACUUCACUAGCUACUUGACAAAAAGGAUGAUGCAGCGGCAGGUUUCCAAAGAGGUGGUUGAUGGAGGAUCAGCUCAUGUAUGGCUCGACAUGACAAAUAGACAAAUUGCCGUCAUGCUGCAGAAGAAACUACACGAGGCUUUUCAGGCUUUUGUGGACAAUAAGUUGGGCAGUAUGUCGUACCUGGUUGCCCUGCCAAUAAAGUUUGAAGAGCCAAUAUAUGGAGACCUUAACACAGACUUCACCACAUUUGUGACGCCUGGAGCUGUGCUCAGUAUCACCUUCUACCUGGCCGUGGGUCUGACAGCUCUCUCCUUUGUCAUCGAGAGGAAGGAAGGGCUUUUGGAUCGAUGCUGGGUCGCAGGUGUGAGCCCCUUGGAGACCAUGCUGGCUCACCUCUUCUCUCAGCUGUUUGUCAUCAGCGUUCAGAUCCUCCUGCUGCUCCUCUUCAUACUGCUUGUCUUCAAGAUUCCUAAUGAAGGCUCCUUGGUGCUGGUCAUCACCAUCAUCGUGCUGCAGGGGAUCACCGGCAUAUCGUUUGGCCUCGUCAUCUCAGCCGCAAUCGAUGACGAGCAGAAUGCCAACCAGGCCGCCCUGGGCGUCUUCUACCCCAACCUCAUCAUCAGUGGUAUCAUCUGGCCCGUGGAGUGUAUCCCGUAUCCUCUGCGCUACAUUAGCCUCGCUCUCCCUCAGACGUACGCAUCAGAAGCUCUUCGCUGUAUCAUGUACAGAGGUUGGGGUCUGUCUCGGAUGAUGGUGUGGCGAGGCUUUGCCGUCACUCUGGGCUGGAACACUUUCUUCCUCAUCCUGGCCACGGUUAUCUUGAAGCUGAGGACGUGACAAACUCACCCCUGGGAGAAUUUAUCUCAGUGUGGGGACAGAGUCGUCAGGUGAAGCCUCCCGGCCGACAACUCACCGGGGCCUCCUGUUUAAUUGAUGGACCGGGUGCAGCAGAGAGAGAAGGGAGUCUCUGUGGUUUAAUGAACUGAUGAGGAUGCAUCAGUCUCCCUUCUCUAAAUAAUCAACAUGUACACACACAAACACUUUAGUCGGUUGCCUGAUUCUGCAACAGUUUCUUUGGACUGUUCAAGUGUGAGUGAAAUUCAAAAAGCUGCAAGAUAAAGUUCACAAAGCAGAGUAUGAACAUGCACGAAUGAGGAGAGUAUAUAGUGUUUGUGUUUGUUUUCAGUCUUUGUGCAGCUUUUUGAAACUUGUCACUCCAGGGAAAAGGCCUUGCACCAACUCAGGGUCACUUUUUGUUUUUUUUGUUGCCCUUGGUCUUAAUGCUAUAUAGAGUGAUGUGUGCAAAUACUGACCUUAGAUUUUGAACAGAUGUUUUGUCCGUACAGUAUUCGUUGCCUACGUAAAGUUUUUAUUAUAUAGAAACUAUGUGUAAAUGUACACUUUAAAAAUGUUAGAAAAAGAGUCAGCACAACAAGAAAAUGUGAUUUUUUUUAUGGUUCCUAUACAAGCAGGAAACACUUAGAACAGUAGAAGAGUUCAAGGUUCAAGGUGGUUGCAAGUGGUUGCAUUAUUUCGUGGGAACCAAGACGAGGUUUGGAAAAAAAACGGAUCUCUUCAUCAUGUGAAGGAAAUUCUCCCCCACAGCAGGAGUAUCUUUUCUAGCUGCUUCUUUGUUAUAUCGUUGUUCAGAUUUAUGUCCUUCCUGUCUGCUGUGGGACAGGAAGUGGUGACCAUGUCUCAUCUUGGUGCUCAGUCGCUGUUCAGGUUGAUGGUGUCCUCCAUGGUUUCUGUUUUGUGCCUGCUUCUCCUGGGGUUCGAUAUCGAGGAUGGGAGGUAUUUUAUUGGUACUGUAUCAUUUUUUUGUUGAUGACUCUCCUCUUUGCUGGUCAGACUGGAGACUGUCGGAUUAUAUUCGACAGUCUAUUGUCACAGGUUAAACGUGUCAUGCUAUUCAAGCUUUCUGCAUACAUACAAAACUUGUGAUAGUUUUUUUUACACAAACCUUUCAAACUGCUUAUACUUUAUACUUUGUGAAGCUUCAACCGACGAUAACACAAAAUAAAAACACACGGCAGCAAUGUUGUUUUGGAUUUGACAUUUCAUCAUUGAGAUGUGCCUUGGGAUGUUGUAGUGUCCAAACUGUGGGAAUAGGGCGGACAACUGCAGAAAUUAUAAAAAAUUAUAAAAACUAAGAGCCAUGUAGUUAUCAGUGUAGAAUUGGUGGGAAAUAAAGAGCUAAUUGAGGACGAGUAGCCAAAUUAAUUAUAAGUAAUAUUAAAAAGUUUUUCCCUUUUAUUAAACACACAAGGUAAUAUGGAUAAUGGUAAUAUGUACUAGAAGUAAACAGAUAUUUUGGUAAAUAUAUAUAUUUUUUGCCAUUAUACUGUAGAUGAGAAGAUUCAGUAUCACCCUCGUGCCAACAACAUUAUAAGAAUUACAACUAGCAUCCAGUUAGCUUAGCUUAGCUUAGCUUAAAUAAUGUCCAGUGUUUUGGGUUUUUUUUUUUUAACAAAGGAGAUGUAACACAUUGAUAAGUAUGUUUCGGAGGUGCUUGUCAACUAGCUGUUUGCCACUGUUUUCACUCAUCAUGCUAAGCUAAGCUAAUCAAUAACAAAAAAGUGUUUCCCAACAUACUAAGCUACUUCUUUAAGAUUGAACAUGUCGACUCAUUCCAUAACCAAAUGUUAUGCCAACUUUAUAAAAGUUUAAAUGUUUACAUGAACAUGGAAGAAUGCCUAAUAAAUCAAAAUAUAUUUUUUAUUACUAGCAAAUAUUUAACCCAGUUUGGCUGUAGGACUAAACACAUAUAGCAGCAUGUGCUGUGUUUGGAAGAGGCAGGAAUGGUCCUUCUGUCUUGCAGCCGUCAUUUUACAUGUUGCAAUUGGCAAUUGUAUCAAUGUUGUGAAAAUUGUAUGUAUCCAUUAAACAGGAUUAAUAAUUAA